CCAGAGAUCGAACCUACAACCUCAUGGUUCCUAGUCAGAUUUGUUUCCACUGCGCCACAGCGGGAACUCCUCAAGUGCUAUUUGUAAUCCUUCCAGUAGCUCUGAGAAGUGGGCACUCUACCAUCCCCAUUUUUACAGAUGUGGAAACUGAUUUGGUCAAGGGCACACGCCUGAUAAGGAAUGGACUUGGCCUUUGACUCCGGUCUGCUGACCAACCCCCACACCCUUCGCCCUUUCCCUGGUUCCAGGGUGGGUGUUACGGAUCCACAGGCCAGUGACCCUACCAGAUGCAUGAAUACUGUGCCCUGGGGCUCAGGGGCUGAGGAGGCACGACUCUGAGGCUCCUGUCUAGCUGUGCCCCCACAGGGACGUGCUGAGCCUGAGACCGGGGCUUGGGGCAGGCUGAGGCUGAGGGCGAGUUUGCCCAGGAGGCGACUCUUGAACUGAUCUCUGAAGUAUAGGAGUCCCCUGGCAGGAGGGGUCAUUCCAGAAUGAGGAAACAGAGGGACUGGAGGCACAGAGGGGAGACCAGCAGACCACCGUGUAUCCUGGGAGCACCCGUGAUCCGGAGGGUACUGGGGGAGGCGUACCAGCCCCAGAGCAAGAGAGGAGGGCUGGGGACUCGCCAUCUGAGGAAUGUAACUGCCUCCCCUCAUCUUCUCCCUGUGAACUGGGGCUCAGGGAAGAGGAGGGGAGCAGCCCUCUGCCUGAGGGUGCCCAGGAAACCAGUUCCUCUUGGCUCCUGGCGGUGCAGCCACAGAGGGCGGAGUCCAGCUCCAGGAGAGGCCUCUCCUUCAGGGCUGGGUGUGCAUGUGAUGCCGCAGGGAAGGGUGUAAACAGUCCAGUUUCCUGAGUAUUUCCUCUGAGCCUCCUACCGGCCUGGGUAGUGAGCAGAGCACUGCAGUCCCCGUUCCAGUGGGAGAGGGCAAGGAGCAGACAGACCAGUCAGCAUAUAAUAUGUCUGGGCCGUGCCUCUGAGGCCCAGCCCUCCCUGCCUGGAGGUGGGGACCCACCAGGAUGAGCAAGCUGUCCGGGGAGCUGGCCUGCGACCUGGAGCGCAGCCUGCCAGCUGUGGCCUCGCUGUCCCACAGCCAGAGCCUCCCCUCCCACUUGCUCCCGCCGCCUCCCGAGAAGCGCCGGGCCAUCUCCGACGUCCGCCGCACCUUCUGUCUCUUUGUCACCUUCGACCUGCUCUUCAUCUCCCUGCUCUGGAUCAUCGAGCUGAACACCAACACAGGCAUCCGGAAGAACUUGGAGCAGGAGAUCAUCUACUACAGCUUUAAAACUUCCUUCUUUGACAUCUUUGUCCUGGCCUUCUUCCGCUUCUCCGGACUGCUCCUGGGCUAUGCUGUGCUGCGGCUCCGGCACUGGUGGGUGAUUGCGGUCACCACACUGGUGUCCAGUGCAUUCCUCAUUGUCAAGGUCAUCCUCUCUGAGCUGCUCAGCAAAGGGGCUUUCGGCUACCUGCUCCCCAUCGUCUCCUUUGUCCUCGCCUGGUUGGAGACCUGGUUCCUUGACUUCAAAGUCCUACCCCAGGAGGCCGAGGAGGAGCGAUGGUACCUUGCUGCCCAGGCUGCUGUCGCCCGAGGGCCCCUGCUCUUCUCCGGUGCUCUGUCCGAGGGCCAGUUCUAUUCACCCCCAGAAUCCUUCGCAGGGUCUGACAGUGAAUCAGACGAAGAAGUUGUUGGGAAGAAAAGCUUCUCUGCCCAGGACCGGGAGUACAUCCGCCAGGGGAAGGAGGCCAUGGCAGUGGUGGACCAGAUCUUGGCCCAGGAGGAGAACUGGAAGUUUGAGAAGACUAAUGAAUAUGGGGACACUGUGUACACCAUCGAGGUUCCUUUUCAUGGCAAGACCUUCAUCCUGAAGACCUUCCUGCCGUGCCCUGCGGAGCUGGUGUACCAGGAGGUGAUCCUGCAGCCCGAGAGGAUGGUGCUGUGGAACAAGACGGUGACUGCCUGCCAGAUCCUGCAGCGAGUAGAAGACAACACCCUCGUCUCCUACGAUGUGUCUUCGGGGGCCGCGGGCGGUGUGGUCUCCCCCAGGGACUUCGUGAACGUCCGCCGCAUCGAGCGGCGCCGAGACCGAUACCUGUCCUCGGGCAUCGCCACCACGCACUGCGCCAAGCCCCCGACGCACAGAUACGUCAGGGGAGAGAACGGUCCUGGGGGCUUCAUCGUGCUCAAGGCAGCCAGUAACCCCCGCGUCUGCACCUUCGUCUGGAUCCUUAAUACAGAUCUCAAGGGCCGCCUGCCCCGGUACCUCAUCCACCAGAGCCUCGCCGCCACCAUGUUUGAAUUUGCCUUUCACCUGCGGCAGCGCGUCGGAGAGCUGGGCGCCCGGGCGUAAGUGUGCCCCCUCGCCACCCUGCGGGCCAGGGUCCUGUUGCCACAGCUUCCAGAGCCAGAGAGGGCCAGCUGGGCUUCCCGCUGCCCACAGAGGACCUGGCUGCAAACACUGGGGAGGAAGAAGCUCCCAUGGCAGCACCUUGGCUCCGAGCUGCUGCCACCCUCUCCCGCCCUGCGCUGUGCCUGGGAGCCCUGGCUGGCAGCAGGUCGAGGGCUCAGGCGUCUGGACUCCGCUGCUGACGCGAGUGUGGACUAUCCUGCUGACGUUUACACGGCGUCCCUGCCAUAGUCCUGGAGGAGGAGUUCCACUGUCCCCUACGUGGCCAGGGGCAGGGUCUGGAAUGGAAGCCUCAGACACGGUUGGGGAGGGCCAGGACCCUGGGCAGGACGGGGGUCAGGGAGCCUCAUCACCAGUGUGAAGGUGCCAGAGCCCCUCCAUCUGUCUGCUCUCAUCAGUGGUUUUUUAGGAUUAUUUAAAGGGUCUGGGACCUUUUUCCACUUGGACGUGUCGGGGUACAGGUGGCAGGUGGGAGAAGUGGGUGCUGGCAGGGGACCUGUUCUCCCAGGUUCUCUCCAGGUCACCUCCCCCGCCCAGGGCCUCCCUGGGGACCUUUGUCAUUUGAGCCAAUUAAAAAUACGAACUUGGAGUU